AUAAACACGCCUCCUCCCUCCCUCCCUCCUCUCGUCUCCAGAUUCUUACCUACUAUACUAUUUUCAGUGUUCGCAGCAGCCUCCGCGGCUCAAUGCAUAUAAUCAGAUACAUGUACAUAGCGACCGUCUUCAACUAGGGUUUCUAUUUUCGCUCUCUCUUUUCAUUCGUCCCUCCCCGCGUGCGUGAUACAGCGAACGCAGGAGGAUUGCCUCAGCCAUUAUCAUCGAUCAUUUGCCCACUUCUUGCGCCCCUCUUGUCCUGCACUGAUAAUCAUGGGUGCUGGUUAUAUUUUUUGUACCUUAUUCUUCUAAUGGGACAGUUUCUUAAAGGUUGUGAUCAAGAUGGAAAUUGAAAAUUCGAAUUCCUCCCAAGCUGAAGAAAUCAAACUCCGAGCAAAUGAAGCAUUUAAAGCUCAUAAAUAUUCACGGGCUAUUGAAUUGUAUACACAAGCAAUUCAAGUAAAUGGUCAGAAUGCUGUGUACUGGGCAAACCGUGCAUUUGCCCACACAAAAUUGGAAGAAUAUGGUAGUGCAAUACAGGAUGCAUCAAAGGCGAUUGAAUUUGACCCCAAAUAUUCAAAGGGUUAUUACAGGCGAGGUGCAGCAUAUCUUGCCAUGGGAAAGUUUAAAGAAGCAUUAAAGGAUUUUCAACAGGUCAAGAAAAUCUGUCCAAAUGAUCUUGACGCAUCUAGGAAACUAAAGGAAUGCGAGAAAGCUGUAAUGAAGCUUAAAUUUGAAGAAGCAAUAGCUGUACCUGAUUCUGAAAGGCGUUCCGUGGCUGAUUCAAUUGAUUUUCAUUCCAUAGGGUCAGGCCAAGGCUCAUCAUAUGUGCCUCCUGAGGUAACAACAUCGGCAGUGGUAGUGGCAGCUGUGGCGAUAGUGGUGGUGUUGGUGUGGACGACAUCAACUCUAGUAGUUGCAGCUGUAGUGGCUUUGACAGUGGUGGUCAUAGGGGCAUAUUGGUUGGGUGGCUUUGGUGGUGGUGUUUUUACAAAGAGUCAAAUACUUGACCUAGAUGUGGAGCCACAAUAUUCUGGUGCAAGGAUAGAGGGAGAUGUUGUAACUUUGGAUUUUGUGAAGAAAAUGAUGGAUGACUUCAAAAAUCAGAAGUGCUUACAUAAACGAUAUGCAUUCCAGAUUGUAUUGCAAACAAGAGAAAUGUUGCGAGCACUACCAUCUCUUGUUGAUAUAAAUAUUCCUGAUGAGAAUCACUUCACUGUUUGUGGUGAUGUCCAUGGGCAGUUUUUUGAUCUACUGAAUAUUUUUGAGCUUAAUGGGCUACCCUCAGAAGAGAAUCCGUACCUCUUUAAUGGAGACUUUGUUGAUAGGGGUUCCUUUUCGUUGGAGGUCAUCCUCACACUGUUUGCAUUCAAGUGUAUGUCGCCAUCAGCUAUGUAUCUUUCUCGAGGAAAUCAUGAGAGCAAGAAUAUGAACAAGAUAUAUGGUUUUGAGGGUGAAGUUAGGUCCAAGUUAAGUGAAACAUUUGUGGAACUCUUUGCGGAAGUAUUCUGCUGUUUACCUUUGGCUCAUGUAAUAAAUGAAAAGAUCUUUGUGGUGCAUGGAGGCCUUUUUAGUGUUGAUGGGGUAAAGCUCUCAGACGUACGAGAAAUUGACCGCUUUUGUGAGCCACCUGAGGAAGGAUUGAUGUGUGAACUGCUGUGGAGUGAUCCUCAACCCCACCCUGGAAGAGGCCCUAGCAAGCGGGGUGUAGGUCUUUCCUUUGGUGCUGAUGUGACGAAACGAUUUUUGCAUGAAAACAAUCUGGAUUUGGUUGUGCGUUCCCAUGAAGUAAAAGAUGAAGGCUAUGAGAUUGAGCAUGAUGGCAAGCUUAUCACUGUAUUUUCUGCUCCAAACUAUUGUGACCAGAUGGGAAACAAGGGUGCUUUUAUUCGUUUUGAAGCCCCUGAUCUAAAGCCUAACAUUGUCACAUUCUCUGCAGUGCCACAUCCUGAUGUUAAGCCAAUGGCAUAUGCCAACAACUUUCUCCGAAUGUUUUCUUGAUCCAUGUGGCUGGUGCUACAGGUGUCUGGAUAAGAACCCGCCAACUUUUUAUGUGGUGAUAUAUUUUGUGGACGAUUUUUUUUUUGACCCCUUGGGCUUCCCUAAUCCGCAGUGAGAAAAACUUGGGCAUUGGGGUCUUAGGUGUUCUUUUGUUUUGGUUUUCAUAAUUAACUAGAAAGGGCUAGCUUUUAGGUGAAAAAAAGCCAGUGUCUCAAGUCAAUUGCAAUGCCAUGUAACAUGUACGUCCUUUUUAUUCUUUUGUAUUUAUUACUCCUUUUGUUUCUCUACUUUGAUUUUAUCUUAUCUUUUUGAGUCAAUUGCAAGCUUACAUUGGGUUUGGGCUGCACAAUAGUUUCCCAACUCAAAUCUCUUGUCACUUUUCUAAAAUUGGAACCUAUGACCAACAUGAGAGUCAACUUUUAAUUUGGGACAUCUCCCCAGAAACUUUUCAGUUA